AUGAGUAUUACCAUAGGUGCAGCCAUAUACAUCGCUUUGAAGCCAAUCCUGAAGAUUUAUGCAAUUAUCUUCGUGGGGUUUCUGUUGGCGAAGUAUGACAUUGUAAAUAUGGAGACCGCCAAGGGAAUAUCCAACAUGGUCGUUAACGCGAUUCUGCCGUGCUUGACGUUUAACAAGAUCGUCACGAACAUAUCGUGGCAUGAUAUCAAGGAGAUUGGGGUGAUCAUUCUUUCCGCUGUUCUGCUUUUUUCUGUAGGGAUGGCGUGUUCGGUCGUCACGAAGCUGACCACCCCUGUGCCCAAGAACUGGUUCUGGGGCCUGAUAUUCAGUGGGAUUUUCCCAAACAUUUCAGACUUGCCCAUCGCAUACCUGCAAAGUAUGGGGAACGGCGCUAUAUUCUCGCAGGAGGAGGCGGACAAAGGUGUUGCUUAUACAUGCAUAUUUCUGUUCACGCAGAGCUUUUUCAUGAUGAACUUUGGGAUGUGGAGGAUAGUGGGGCUCGAUUUCAAAGAUGUGGCGCCCCCGAAGGAAAAAGACUCAGAGCAACACAGUGACCUGGAGAUGGGUGAUACGAAGAGUUCCGAUGGAACAGACGCUCAAGAUAAUACUCGUACCGUAAAGCCCAAUCUUGAAGCGAUGAACAAGAAAUAUAGGCAUUCUGUAGACUCGGGGAAUGAAGUGAGCAGCAUAGACAGUGAGGUCAUGAGUUACAACAGCAUUGGAAAUGUCAGCGCAUUCCCCGUUCAGUAUUCGGAUUCAAUCGCGGGCAAUCGCGGGCAAGCGCUAAGAUCCAGAACUACUGAUAGCACGAGCGAAGCUGGACCAGCUCUCUUCAUGGUAAACUCCAGUCCCGGGGUCCUCCAAACGGAGAGCGGCGGUGAUUCCGCUCCCGUGGACAAACCAUUCUCCGUUCCACGGUCGAGGGGGGGCUUGAGACACAGACACGCACCUUCUGUCAACGACAUGAUUGGGGCUUACAGUGUUGCACACAAGAUCAGAACUGGGGAGCUGGAUUUGAGUCGUCCAUUGACUCUGACGGAGGAUAUCGGUGCAAGCAACACCGCGAUUGGGGAGGUGUCCAUCAGUGAGACAAGUUCGGAUUCGGAUACAGGGGACCAGUAUAGACACAACAUCACGAGGACGUCGACCGCGGUUACGACCACAGCGUCGCACGGGCGGUUCCAGAGGUUCAUUAGGAGGUACAAACUUGAGUGGCUGGUAUACUUCAUCAUCAAUUUCAUUCGCCCUGCGUCGCUGGGUGCCCUGUUGGGUAUCAUAUGCGCGUUGAUCCCAUGGGUGAAGGCGUGCUUUGUUAGCACCUAUGUGCAUGUUCAUAAGGCGCCUGAUGGGCAGCCCGUUCUGAAUUUUCUGAUAGACUUCACAGGCUACAUUGGGAACGCGUGUGUUCCCCUCGGGUUACUGUUGCUCGGUGGCACGUUGGCGAGGUUGCAGGUCAGUUCUUUGCCCCCUGGGUUCAUCCGGUCAGCAUUGUUGAUGACCGUUUUCAGACUGAUGGUAAUUCCCAUCGUUGGUGUUGCGUGGGCUGACAAGCUGUACAAUAUCAACUGGCUGGACUCGCGCAUCAGUAAGUUCGUUAUGAUCUUGACGUGGGCGAUGCCAAGCGCCACUGCACAGAUCUACUUUACUGCAUUCUACACCCCUAUGAACGGGAAGCACACGCAAAUGGACUGUCUUUCAGUGUUGUUCAUCAUCCAGUACAGUGUGCUCUUCAUCACUCUUUCAUUCGUCGUGACGUACGACUUUAAAGAGGUACUUAAAUGUAUGAGCCAAACCUAG